GGUGGUGGGGGGAUAAGGUGAAGACAACAGAACAGCGGACGGAGUUUUUUGGGGGGAAGCAGUUUCUGUGGAGGCCCAGACGAGGACAGUCGAAGCGCGCCGGGUGCUGCUCCAUCGUGCGUGCGUCCUGGACACGAUUCCUGAGCUGCGUCCUGCCCUUUCAUUACCGGUGCUGGUGAAACCAGUGGGUGUCAUUCCCUACAGAGGAACACCAUGGCCUUAGCGGGAUGCCCUGACUACUUCUUACGUCACCCAAACUACCAGGAAAGCAUGGACCGCACUUCCUCUCGCCGGCCUGAGGAGCUGAUUGUUCCAGGCUUUCAGCGUUCAGCCAAUCAAAAUUUGCCACAUCACCAUGAUGACGAUGUGGACCUGGAGCAGCUGGUGAAUGAGAUGAACUCGUCCAUGGAGAGUGUGUACUCUACACGGGCAGACACAACGCUACUUUUGAACAAUGGUCACAUGCAGACUGCACACAACUAUCACCACCAUGUGCCUGCUGCCUACCCGGGACACGGCCAGGCCCACCGUCGCCACACCCCGCCCCUGCCCUCCUCCUCUCCCUACAGAGAGAGGCUGCGGCACUCUCAGCCCAUGCACAUCCAGGCUGCCAGGUGCCUGCAGGAAGAGCAGCAGCUGCGUCCAGCCUCCUUGCCGGCCAUUCCCAACCCUUUCCCUGAGCUCUGCAGCCCCGCAGGCUCCCCGGUUCUCAGCCCCACGCAGAGCUCUGACAAGCAUAUAGUGAAGGUGUGGAGUGAGGAUGGGGCCGGUAAAGUGGUGGAGAUUCCAGCAGACAUGACGGCUAGAGACGUCUGUCAGCUCCUGGUCUACAAGAGCCACUGUCUGGAUGACAACGCCUGGACGCUGGUGGAGCACCACCCUAUCCUCGGCCUUGAGAGGUGCCUGGAAGACCAUGAGCUGGUGGUUCAGGUUCAAACCUCCAUGAGCAGCGACAGUAAAUUCCUCUUCAGGAAGAACUAUGCCAAAUAUGAAUUCUUCAGGAACCCCCUGAACUUUUUUCCAGAACAGAUGGUGGCUUGGUGUCAGGAGUCCGAUGGCUCAAUUCCUCAGUCACAGCUCUUACAGAACUUCCUGAACUCUAGCAGCUGUCCAGAGAUCCAGGGCUAUCUGUACAUGAAGGAGCCUGGACGCAAGUCCUGGAAGAAGCUCUACAUGUUCCUGCGACGUUCGGGUCUCUACUAUUCUUCUAAAGGAACAUCCAAGGAGCCCCGGCAUCUGCAGAUGCUGUCAGAUCUGGAAGAUAGUAACAUCUUCACCAUCAUCACAGGCAGAAAACUUCACAAUGCCCCCACAGACUACCAGUUCUGCAUCAAGCCCAGCAAAGUGAGGAGUGACUGUAAGGAGCUAAAGAUGCUGUGUGCGGAGGACGAACAAAGCAGGACCUGCUGGAUGACUGCCUUCAGACUGCUCAAAUAUGGGAUAGUACUGUAUCAGAGCUACAACAUCCCCCAGCAGAGGAAGUCUAACCUCUCACCUUUCUCGGCACCUGUGCGGAGUGUAUCCGAGAACUCCUUGGUUGCCAUGGACUUCUCUGGACGGACCGGUCGCGUCAUCGACAACCCUGUCGAAGCCCAGAGCGCCGCCCUGGAGGAGGGACAGACCUGGAGGAAGCGGAGCCAGCGUAUGAAUGUCUUGGGCAGUCCCAGCCCCCUGCACCCUUCCUCCCUGAGCACAGUGAUCCACAGGACACAGGUGUGGUUUCAUGGUCGCAUCAUGAGAGAGGAAGCCCACAAAAUGAUCACACAACAAGGCCAAGUAGACGGGUUAUUCCUGUUGCGGGACAGUCAAAGUAAUCCCAAGGCAUUCGUGCUCACCUUGUGCCACCACCAGAAGAUCAAGCACUUCCAGAUCCUACCGUGUGAGGAGGACGGUCAGGUGUUAUUCAGCCUCGAUGACAGUGCCACCAAGUUCACUGAUCUGAUCCACCUGGUGGAGUUCUACCAGCUGAACAGAGGAGUGCUGCCCUGCAAGCUCAAACACCCCUGCACCGCCGUGGCCUUGUGACACUCCAACCCCCCCCCACACACACACCUCCACCCUUUUUUUGCACACCUUUCACCCUGAGACCCUGUCCCCCUAUCUGCCCCUCUCUCACCAUCGCAAUGAGGUUGAAGGAGGUCGAGGAGAUAGAGAAAAGUUAAGUCAAGUUUUGGGGAUGCGAACGACGCAGCAGGAGCUGGCAUUGCAGGUCUGAUAUCCCCAGUGUGCUGUGCUUUUCUCUGCCUUACCGCUGUUCGGAUGUUUGAUUGGGAACCGUUUGGACAGUCCAAGCGUUGCAGAUCAUGGACCCGGCAGUUGCCCAACUCCUGCAAUGUUGUCAUGGAGACUUGGUUGUUUUGUCAUUGCGGUUUUAACCCUUGAGAUAGACCAUUCAUUGUGAAAACACAAGACAGCUAAGAUCUGUUCAGCAGGAGUGCUGCGGGUCUCUUGGAUGGAUCUCUCCCUUAAAGUCCUUCACCCUUCCACCCUUCAACCUCCCCCAUCCUCCAGGACUGAUAAGCUGUGGUGCCCUCCCCACCCUUGCCCCCUCACUAGCGAGGCAGGCAGGGAGCGCCACCCUCUGACUUCCUCAUCGAUCAUCAGGGAUGGACGGGAACCUCUCUGGGUCUUAUCAAACUCGAUCCAGGGGUUUUCUCAACCUGUGCAGUCCAGUCUGGAUAAGCUGACACCCUGCCCCCCCCCAACACCCGAGCAGACUUGACGUAGCGUCUCUGCUGUGUCCUAUCCCACAAUCCCAUGGUGCAGCCCCCGGUCCCACCUCCACACAAGCUCAGAGAAAAAAGCCGGAAGAGAAAAGAGAAGUAGCUAAAGAAAGAUAAGCAGAGCAGUGGCAAGGGUUUGCUGAAAGGACAGAGGAAUGUUUAUCAGUAGGGCUGUAACAAGCCUCUCUUGUAGAGUUGAUUACUUGAUGUCAUUUUAAUGCUGUUUGAUUACUGUUGAUUCAAUGCAGAACUAGUUUUGCACUCCCAGGCAGACAGACGACAGCUGUUCUCUCUUGCUAAAUGAAGCUGCCUGCUAUCCAUUUGUCGUCCUUCACCCCCCCCAAAUAGCAUGCAUGUGAAUUUCCACCAGCUCUGAUUGGAUUACAGUGGCGUGGGAGUAAAGAGAGUAAUGGCUGAUUAUGCAGUGCCUUUCGGAAAGGUUUGGGAACAUCUUGGACCUACGUGUGGCUCGUACCAACAUGACCACACUAUAGCAAAAACGGAUGUGCUCUUGAAGCGGUCACACCGUCUCAAGCCUGUGAGGAAGAGGAGGAGGACUGUUAAAUAGACUCCAGAAAAGUGUGUCCACCCCCAAGCUUCUACCAUUUCAGUCAUUUUUAAAAUCAGAGGGUUAAAUCUGCUGGUGAAUUUGUCUUUGAACGUCAUUUUCUUUUGCUUAGUCUGUUUUGAGCUUACUGCUUGCACAUUUUAAUGAUCCUGAGUUGGUAUUGAUGGGUUAGAGCUGGCAUGUUCGGAUUCUGACCACUGUUCCCUCUCGCCAGAAAAGACAAAACAACAAAAGCACUCCCAUGACUUUUUCUGUGUUUAAAUAUGGAAUUGAAAAAAAUGACUUGAAAUGUGAACUCCGCUGACUGUGUCUAUACACACAGUCGUACGAGCUUCACUCGCCUUAAAUGAAAAUUGUGAGCCCUGUCUAUGAAAUCAAGCUGUAUUAAAAUGCACAUAGAGUAACACGCUGAAGAUUUUAAGACAACAUUGAGAGUGUUAAAGAUUAUAUUAAAGGAACAGUUUGACAUCUGUGGAAAUACUCUUAAUCACUUUCUUGCCAAGAGUUAGAUGAGAAGAUGGAUACCGCUCUCAUGUCUGCUCAUUAAAUAUGAAGCUACUGUCAGCAGCCCAAGACUGGAAACCUGGGGAAACCAGCUAACCUGACUCUGUCUAAAGGUAACAAAACCCACCCACCUACCAGUACCCCUGAAGCUCACUGAUUUACAUUAUAAAUCUCGUUUUUUUAAUCAAUACAAAACCCUAAGUGUAAAAACAACAAUUUAUUUCAUUUUACUGGAGGUUAUGUGGCAGACUAUUUCUUGGCUGAGCGCAGUAACUUCCUAAGCUAAGCUAACAAGCUGCUGACUGUAGCUUCACAUUUAGUGUACAGAGAGGUGUGUCGAUCAACAAGAAAGUGAAUAAGUUUAUUUCCAAAAAGGCCAAACUAUUCUUAUAAAGUAAAAAUCCACGUGAACAUGAUGCAGAAAACAGGUACUGGUGAUACAACUUUGCAUUUCUGGGGCCCAUUUUCCUGUUUGAUGCUGUAUUAUUUCUGCAGAUAACAGGCUAAAAUGUAACAUCAUGUCCAGGUAUUUCCAGUAGCUGCAUGGGAGUUUGGUAGCAUCAGUGGUUAACAUCUGGUUGUGGACUCAAUCCUCAGAGUCGAACAGUAAGGGAUUCUUUCUUGAACAGCUAUUUUGCAACAAUCAUGCAGAGAGAAAUCAGUUACGGUAGCGGUGAGAAAGCAAUUUCUACACCAGCAGUAGCCUAAGUAGACCAGAAUGCAUCACAGCCAUCAGACAUGUUGCAUUGUCAGGAAGAGGCUAUACUAGUGCUCCUGAUUUAUUUUAGAGCUGAGAGUUUCAUCAACGGAAAAUGAAGUGGCAACUAUUUAGAUAAUCAGUAUUCGAUAUUUUAAGCAAAAAUGCCGAAAAAGUGAUAAUUCCAUCCUCUCAAAUGUAAGGAUAUGUGGCUUUUCCUUGCCUUACAUUAUAGUAAACAAAUAUUUGUGAGAUUUGGAGUGUUAGCCAGACACAAAAAGCAAUUUGAAGACGUCACAUUGGGCUCCAGGAAAUUGUGAUGGACAUUUUUUCACAAUAUUUUUGACAUUUCAUACACCAAGAAAAUCAACAAAUCACUCAGUCAAGAAUCACAUUAUCUCUUAUUUGCAGCCUUAAGUAUUUUGUCUAGCUAACUAAUUUCUUUGCCUACAGGCCAAUAUUUGAUUGAAAACAACAUGGUCAUGUCUCUUUCUGGUAGUUAUUGACAAGCAUUCUGGGACAUGAAGUGAAAAGAAGAUAAGGCAGGUUAGAAAAGUUGAUGCACCAUAAAAGUAGAUGGUGACACUUUAUCACUAAAUGAAAAUAUCCAUCUUAAAGCCAAUAUGUAGAGGAUUUGAAAAUGUUUGACUUUGGUGCCCCCAGGUGGUGGUACCAAAAAAGACACUGUAGCAGAGUCACUGAGACUGACUUGGCUGAGAGCAGCAGGUAGACUAAAUGAAUGUCAGCGGAGUGGGCUCAAGUAUCUACAAACACAACAUUAUGCCGUCAAAAUAACUAUUUUCACAUGCUACAGUCACAUAAAAAAUCCAUACAUGGUGGCUUUAACAGAUCAUCUGAGUAGAUUUGUUUUCUUGUCUUCUUCCAAAAGAAAAGUGAGAACCAUAUUUGUAGGAACAUACAACAAGAAAGGAACCUAGAGGGGAUUUUUGAGGUCCUUUUGUCUUUUUCCGCCCUCUCCUGCUGUCAUGCAACCGGCGAAUAAAAAGCUGCAGGCAUGUGACAUAACACCUGCUUAGCCUCCUCCACCCCCCCGCCCUCACCUGCACCUCCCCUCCAUGCUGUGCCAGAUUCGCAGUGAACAGGGGUUAGCACGAGGCUGUCAGACUCCCUGCCAGGCAGACUAAACUCUCUAAGUACUGUCAUUGACACGCAAGCCACUGCCGCCACCGGUCCAGCAAUCGCGUGACUUGACCGACUCACCAGCUCUGCGCUCCACCAAUCAGGCCUUUUCUAGUCAGACAGGGCAGACUCUCCAGGGAUUGGAUAAUGCUUGAAUCCCCCCGCCCCCUGUCCCACCUGUGUCCAGCCUGUAAGCUAUGACCCUGUGGUGAAUAAGUGUGUGUGUGUGUAUAUGUGUGCGUGUGGACGGCCAGACUGUUAUAUUCACUAUUCAGGAUUGCGAACUCUGUUGGUUAUCAUACUUGCCUUUUAGAGACAGUAAGAGGAAGGUUGCUUGUCGGCUGGGUAAAGUCAAGCUAAGUUGUGGAUUUAGAGGAGACGGGAGUUUGGCUGGAGGUAUCCCAGCAUUCCCAGUCCUCAGUUGAGGAUUCUUUCCUGUCUGUCACAGAGGGAUGCUAAGCCACAUAGCUAUGGGUCAGCGGGGGACGAAUCGCUGUCCUCUCCUCCUCUGUCCAUUUUUAAUCACUGUGCUACAAUGCAAUCCUAUACACGAGUCCAUGUAUAUGACUAUACCAGUGUACAGUAUCAUUUGUUUUCUAAGUAUGUGAAGCUAUGGAGACGUAGAUCUAACACUGUACCUAGGUCACAGAUCACUAUGUUUGGGGCGUUAUGCUUUUGCUCAUAACUCCAUGUAAAAUGAAGAAUGAUUUAUUUUGUCCUUUUUCUUUCCAUUAUUUGAUUGUGUGUAUAUUGACAUUAUUGUGUAUUUUCUUUGGUUUGCCACAAAAUGACCUUUUAUAAAUAUAUAAAAAAGAAUAUACCACAGUAUAUACAGUAUUAAAUUAAGCUGUUUUUUUUUUGUUGUUGUUUUUUAUUUUAUUUUAAGAGAUCAAACUGGAUUUUUGGCAUGUGUCAAAUUUCUUAUCAUCAGUUGUGCAUAUAAGCUGACAGGCUGACAGAGUCUUCAACUCAGCCAGCAUCCAAUUAUGAUGCCAUCUUCUUUUAAAACUGCAUCGUUUGAAUAUCCCCUCUGUCACGUCUGAUUCCACUCAUUUACUCCCAAGAAAACACUCCAGUAAAUGUUUGGAUGGAUAUUAACCUUAAACACACGUACACACACACACACCAGUGGGUUUUCAUCAAGAGCACACACACCAACACUUAACCCUUGGGGGUAUUCUUAGCAGCUUUUGUACACCUUUCAUCACAAGUAGUGCAAUUAUACGCUGUAGCUCAAGAGGAUUGUGCAUUUCAAUAUGUCCAUUUACUCGGAUUUUAAGGUGCAUAACGAUGUUCUUUUUGUUUUGUUGUUAUUAUUCUUUUUCUUAACUUAGCCUAUUCUUGCAGCAGGUGCCUCUUGUUUCUGAACAGUAACAAGUCAUUAGUCGCUGUCCGUCCACUCACUGUGUUCAUUUACAGUUAGCUGUGACUGUGAAAUACAAUCCUACUGGAACUAAAUCCUAAUGUCAGGUCAACAUCGCAUGCAUAUCCCAUUGACAUUGGUGACUCCCAGUGUAGGUGGUGUUUUAUUUUUGAUUGAAGUUAUCAAAAGCUGAAGGCAAAUAAACAAUUCAGGGAAAGAAAAAAAAGAGCAAAUGAACCGUAAUCUUUUUUUUUAUUUUUCAGAUCCCCCCCACUGUGCUUUGCUUCAUUCUGUCUGUACGGCUCCUGGAUCUACAUUGUAUCCUGUUCAGGUAUUUUUGUACAAAUAAGGGACUGAUAUAUUCUGUGUUUAUUGGAAAUUAGAAUAAAAGACAACGUUG